AUGUCGAGAGGUUAAAUAAUAAAAUAUGAGGUAGAUAUGUAUGAAGGCAAAUCGAAAAGAAAGAGCGACAAACGCAAACUUAAUCAACAGUCUCCGAUCGCUGAUUAUGAAAAUGAUAAAAAAAAGGUGGGCAGAUGGACGCCUGAAGAGGAUGAGAAGCUUUAAAAAUUGAUUGAAGAAUACGGAGAAAAGAGUUGGCGAAUCAUAAGUGACAUGAUGGAAGGUAGGAGUGCAAUACAAUGUCUGCACAGAUGGACCAAAAUACUCAAACCGGGACUGAAGAAAGGGCCUUGGUAAGAUGAUGAGGAUGAAAAGCUAUUAGAAUGGGUUAAGAAUAAUGGGCCUUGUAAAUGGUCUUUGUGCGCUGAAAAUAUUGCAGGGAGGUCGGGAAAGCAAUGCAGAGAACGAUGGUUCAAUAAUCUCAAUCCUAAUGUUAAAAAAGGAGGCUGGACAUCUGAGGAGGAUCAUGAGAUAUUUAAAGGUUAUCUACAGUAUUCGUCAUCUUGGUCAAAAAUUGCGAAGAACUUAUCAGGCAGAACUGAAAAUUCGGUGAAGAACAGGUUUUAUUCUACAGUUAGAAAAUUAUUGGCUGAUUAAGAAAAAAAUGGGAUAUCACUUAAGAUGCUCGAGGCACAAGGAGAAAAUGGCACUUCAGCUUUACAGACCUUUGUAAAAGAGCAUCUAUAAAAAUACGAACAGCAAAUGUAAUUGUAAAUGGAAUAAGAGGAACCUGAAUCUGAUAAAUCUAUGCAAGAGGAGAAAGUGGAAGAAUCUGAAAUUAAAUCCGAAGAUGAUGAUGAUAGUAAAUCACGAAAGAAAAUGCAGGCAGAAACAUAUUAAGAAUAAAAUCUACUUUAUAGGUUACUUAAACAAUAAGGAGGACCUAUUAAACGCACUUCAUGUAUGAAGGAUUAUUCUACCAUUUAUAAAAAAUAUAAAAAAAGGUAUAACUAGAAGAAAAAAGAUAAAAAAUUGUCUGAUAAAGUAGAGAACCUUAGAAAAAUGAUACUAAAAAAGGAUGACUAUAAAAAUUCAUCUGAAGAAAAGGAAUUAGAUUUCUAAUAAAAUCUUGAAUAAUAAUUAGCUAAUUUUUCUCAAUAAAAAAUAGAUGCUCAAUCCCAAAAUGGGGAUUCCGAUAAAAUGAAUGAAUUCUAAGAAAAAUUAUUGGCAUUCUUUAAUUAACAAUUAAAUGAAGUAAUGAAAAAAUUUUAUGUUGAAAUGGGUGAUCCUAAAUAAGCCAAAUGGCAAAUGAUUCUCGCUUCUGAUGACAAUAAAAUCUAAUAACAAUAAUAAUAAUAAUAGCAAUAAUAAUAACAAUAAUAAUAAUAAUAAUAAUAAUAGCAAUAAUAACAAUAAUAAUAAUAAUAACAAUAGUUGCAAGAAAAUAAAAAAAAAACUAAAAGGCAAAUUGCAAAGAGUGUUAAAGUCAAAGAGGAAGAAGAUGAGCAAAAAUAAAUGGUUAUGAAUACAUUUCUGUAAAAAUUUAAUCAUCUAGGUUAAAUUGGAAUUACUCAAUUAGGGUAUUAUUGUUAAAUAACUUUUAGAGCCAAUGUAAAUGAAGGUAAAAAUGAAACUGAAAAUUAGAUGGUUUAGGAUGGUAAAAUAGAUCAAAAAAUGAUGUUCCUUAUUAGUUAAUUGCAUACGUUAGAGAAUAUGUUAGGUGAUACAAAAAAGGAAUUCAGCAGAUUAGAGGCUAGUCUCUAUGAAAAAAUCAACAAUACUUCAUUUCACUCUAAUAAUUCGAGUGAAAAGAACUGA